UUAGGUUAUGAAAACCCGUAUUCUCUGUCUCAUCCGGAACAAAAAUAUUACGACUAUUUACUGAUUAGUGGCAAUACAAUUGUUUAAGUUUUUCAAUUUUUUUUCUAAUUUUUUUUUUCACAUUCCUUUAUCGCGUUUAUGUUUUCGAAAUAUUAUUAUGAACUUUGAUACAUGUGUCUUUUUCCACGCAAAACACCUUCGCUUUACCUCCUCAUCGUCUCAAUAGAUUCUUUCGUCGCGUAGACAUUUUUCUUUUACGUCGGUGUUACAAUUUAGUUUGCAAACAAAAUAACAUGGACAGCGCAAUAGCGGUCCCACAACUAGAUCAGUUUGUUUUGACCGUCAGAAACCUGGCUAGUGACAGUCAAGAACUAGCUGAGUAUCUUGCAAAGCAAUCAGAAACACUGCACAAGUAUGUUUCUAAUUUAGACAGUGUUCUUGAAGCACUUGAUAUUCAUGAAAAUUCAAUCACAGUCCUUACUGUAUUGGGCGUUAAAGCUACUGCACAAAAACCUGCUGAUAUACCAGGAGUUCAGUAUCAUACAGCAAUAGCAACACAGAUUAAUGACUUUGUUACUACUGUCAGUGCUGAAGAACUAAGAAUUUUAUCCGACCCAUUGGCCAAUGUGAUGAAAUCUAUGUUGACUAACCUCGGAGAAGUGGAGAAACCUAUGUUUGCUAUUCCGAUUAUAAGGCGUGCUAUUUGUAAAUUGCAGGAGAAACCAUAUCAAUUAACUCAACUCCAUUGUCUUUUGUGUCAAGCUUGUUUGAUGUCGAAUAAUCUUAAGCCUGCAUUAAGUAUCCUUGAUCAGGAAAUAUAUGUAUUAGGAACUGAAUCACCUGGAGUUGUAUUUGAUCCAAAAUUCUUUUUAAGUUAUUACUAUUUGGGUGGUGUUAUCUACACAGCAAUGAAAAAUUAUUCAAGAGCAAUAACAUUUUUUGAAAUUGCUCUAACAACUUUACUUCCUGUGAUGUCUCAAAUCAUGGUGGAAUCUUACAAAAAAUAUGUUUUGGUCUCAAUUAUACAUUUAGGAACCGUACCUUCACUUCCAAAAUUAUCACCGCCCCUUAUUGAAAGAGUGCUCAAACCUGUGUGUCAAGCUUACUUGGAUAUAAUACCAGCUUAUCAAAGUGGUGAUCCUAGUGAGUUACAAAGGACAAUCACUAAGUACCAUGAUGUUUAUCAAAGAGACAAGAAUAAAGGUUUAGUCAAACAAGUUGUCAAAGCACUUCACAGAAAAAAUAUACUUAAAUUGACCAAUACCUUUUUGAAUAUGUCAAUUUCUGAUUUAGCACAAAGAGUUAAUCUUCCUAGCACAGCAGAAGCAGAAGAACAUUUAAUAGCUAUGAUUGAAGCUGGUGAAAUAUACGGCAAGAUAAAUCGUAAAGAAGGUACAAUCAUGUUUAAUGAUCCACCCAAGAAAUUUGAUGACCCGAAUAUUCUAAAAAAAAUUCUAGAUGAAAUUACAAGUAAAAUAUCAUUUAGCAGUACUGUACGAAUGAUGGAUGAAGAUAUCUUAGUAAAUCCAACAUUUGUUAAAAAGAUAAGUAGUGAAGAUGAUGGAUUAUCAAUAGGACAAGGUUCAUCUAAGAGUUAUCAAACAUGAACAGUAAUUAUUAACAAGAAAUUUAAUAUGUCUCGUCCAAAGUAAAUUAUUAGCACAUUACCAUGUGCAUAUUGUAAAUUAGAAUGUACUUUGAGCAAUCUGUAAUAUAUAUUUUGUAGUGAAAUUUCCAAGUAAAACUAUUUAUUUAUGUAA